AUAAAGAAACAAACUCUGCCACCAUGUCGGUUGCUAGUGGGCUUUGAACUACUUUUGAAGUUCUGUGAAGCAUCUUUUCUUACAAAGAAGCUAAAUAUUGGUGGGAAAAGAGUAAACCUUGCAAUAUGGGAUACAGCUGGUCAAGAAAGAUUUCAUGCAUUGGGGCCGAUCUACUACAGGGAUUCUAAUGGCGCUAUUCUAGUAUAUGAUAUAACAGAUGAAGACUCUUUUCAAAAGGUAAAAAACUGGGUUAAGGAAUUAAGAAAAAUGUUGGGAAAUGAAAUCUGUUUAUGUAUAGUAGGUAACAAAAUAGACUUGGAAAAAGAGAGACAUGUUUCAGUGCAAGAAGCAGAAACGUAUGCUGAAUCUGUUGGAGCAAAACAUUAUCAUACUUCAGCUAAACAGAACAAAGGAAUUGAAGAACUGUUUCUUGACCUUUGUAAAAGAAUGAUAGAAACUGCUCAAGUGGAUGAAAGAGCAAGAGGCAAUGGUUCCAGUCAGUCAGGAAUAGCAAGGCGAGGUGUACAGAUCAUUGAUGAUGAGCCACAAGUACAGAGCAGUGGAGGGUGCUGUUCUUCUGGAUAAUUAUAAAACUGUGCAUCACUGCCCUCUCAAUAUGAAGACUGCCAUAUUCCAAGUCACGCAUUCUUUACCAAUGGAGUAAUAGAAUUAACAGUAUUUAAAAAUAAUCACAUGUAACACUGCAGAGACCUUAAGUGCUAAACUAGUGGCAUCUGUGACCAGAGAAUUGGCAUUUUCUACAGUGGUUAACAAAGCAAUUACCAAUGGCCUUUUUACAUAUUUUUCUUUAAUGAGGAAUAAUAUGCAUGUAGAAAAGACCUACUUAAAGGCUUCAUUUAUAUUCUUUUAAAUCAGAUCAUUAUUUAAUAACUUAUAUACAUUGUUGUUGGAAUGGUAUAUGUUUUUGCAGCUCUUUGUAUUUUGUGGUAGAUUGAAUUGUAUCACUUCUAAAAUGCAGAUUGAUUUUUUUUCUUAAUUAGCAGAUAUCUGAAGUAAUAUUUUUGCAGGGCCUUCACAAGCCUAUAACUGUAAACUACUUUGAUAUAUUCUGUUCAUCCUGUAUGCCAAGCUGGUAAAAUACAUUGUAAAUUACAUAUUAAAUAUUUUAUCUGCUUUUACAAUUGCAGGUGCAGAAAUAUGUACAUCAGUCUUGUCAGUGAUUGUGAAGUGAAUAAGUCAGUGAAAGAUGCAAGCUUUUCAUGUGUAUUGUUGAAUUGCUCAUUCUACUUCCCCUACCUGAAAACAGCUUUUUUUGGUACACUCAUAGCUACAGCACUUUUUUUUUAAGCCUUUUCUGGCAAGCAGCAGUAUUUAGAGUACCCCCUUAGAGGGAAGGGAAUGCUUCCUUAGACUGCUGUUUAGCAUUGAGGUGUUUGACUCCCAGCUAAAACAGCUGGCGCAUGCAUAUAUCUUGCCUCUGCAGUUACUUUGGCCUCUCAGAAUAUCCCCAGAAAGUCAAACAACUUUAGCCCUUGUCUAUCUGGUAGCCAAUAAACCAGAUGCAUGGGAAACUCUUAAGCUGCAUUAAUAUACUUGUGUCCCAAAACAGCAUUAUAAACUAUUAACGAGCAUAACUUUUCCCCUGUAUUGCAGGGCUUGAGUGGACAAAUGAAUUGGCAUUAGCUAGAACUGCUUUUGGAGUGAUUAAGUAGAAGAGAUGAAACUUGCCGGAUGUAAUUGUAACUUUGGGCAUACUAGACAGAAUUGAACUUACUUCUGACUUGCUC